UGAUGACAAAGAGAAGGAAAAAAGUGACUCCAGUGAUGAUGAUAAUUAUGAGCCAUAUAUUCCCCUGAAAGAAAGAAAAAAGGAAAAGCUUGUAAAGUUGGGUCGUUUAGGAACUAUAUUGCAAGAAAAAGAAAAGUUUAAAGUCAAAUCAAGUAGUGAAGGCGAUAGUGAUGAAUUGGAUGACGAUUUUGGAAGAAAGUAUAAUGUCAGUCUACUUGAUCAGCAUAAUGAGCUAAAGAAGAAAGCAGAAGCUCGUAAAGAGAGUGCUCUUGAGAAACAGCUGAAAGAGGAGGAAAAAAUCUUAGAAAGUGUUGCCGAGAAAAGAGCAUUGAUGGGUGUGGCUGAACUUGCUAAAGGCAUUCAAUAUGAAGAUCCAAUUAAAACUGGGUGGAGACCCCCACGCUACAUAUUAGCUUUGUCAGAAAAGAGGCACGAGCGAGUGCGUCGGAAGUAUCGGAUACUUGUCGAAGGGGAUAACAUUGUUCCACCAAUCAAAACAUUCAAAGAAAUGAAGUUCCCUAAAUGUAUCCUCCAUGGUUUAAAGAAAAAAGGAAUUACUAAACCUACUCCUAUACAGAUGCAAGGAUUACCAGCAGUUUUAUCAGGUCGAGAUAUGAUUGGUAUUGCUUUUACUGGUUCAGGAAAGACCCUUGUGUUUGUUUUACCUAUUGUUAUGUUUGCUAUGGAACAAGAGAAAUGCCUGCCAUUCACACAGGAGGAAGGUCCUUAUGGUCUCAUCAUUUGCCCGUCUAGGGAAUUAGCCAAACAGACAUACGAGAUUCUUCGUUAUUUUGGACAAUGCUUCUCUAACGCUGGAUAUCCUGACUUACGAUGCUGCUUAUGUAUUGGAGGUGUAUCAGUAAGGGAUCAACUUGAUGUUAUAAAACGGGGUGUUCAUAUUAUGGUGGCUACUCCAGGAAGACUCAAUGUUUUAAUCUUUGCGGAAAAGAAACAGGAUGUUGAUGCUAUACAUGAAUAUUUACUUUUAAAAAAUGUUGAAGCUGUAGCGAUUCAUGGGGGCAAAGAUCAAGAAGAACGCUCGCGAGCUGUUGAUGCUUUUAGACAAGGAGAGAAAGAUGUCCUAGUGGCUACUGAUGUUGCUUCUAAAGGAUUGGACUUUGAUAAUAUUCAGCACGUUAUUAACUAUGACAUGCCUGAAGAUAUUGAAAAUUACGUUCAUCGUAUUGGUAGAACUGGAAGAUCUGGGAAAAAGGGAAUCGCCACCACAUUUAUUAAUAAGGCCUGUGAUGAGUCCGUACUUCUGGAUAUGAAGCAUUUGCUGAUUGAAGCUAAACAAAAAGUGCCACCUUUCUUAGCUGCUCUACAAUCUGAGAAUGAGAAAUAUCUUGACCUUGGAGAAGAAAGAGGCUGUUCUUACUGUGGUGGACUUGGUCACAGGAUCACAGAUUGUCCCAAACUAGAGGCUGUUCAGAACAAACAGGCAUCCAAUAUUGGACGAAGAGACUAUUUAGCAAACAAUAGUGCUGACUGGUAGACACUCUCUACCUCUUCAUGUGUUGUUAUGUAAAAUAUAUAUCUGUAAGAAUGGAAAGUGUGCAUGUUCACCAAUGGCACAGUAAUCACUUAUGAUAUAAUGUAAUAAAAACUUAAUGUUGGCUAUUCAAAAAUGAAUUACUGCUUGUAUGCUAUGCAUUUUAUUUUAAAUGUUUUGUGCCCAAUAUCAUGUGUUAUUAAAAAUUUAAAAACUCAUUUUCCCUUUUCUUAAAAUACUUAUGAAAAUAAAUUUUCACAAACUAUAUUCAAAUAUACCAAUUCCAUCUACAGAGGAAUUUUUUAAAUAACUUAAGAUAUCUCCUAUGCAACUGAUCUUUUUAUUCUCAUUGACCACCAGUCAUAAAAUAAAUAAUCUCAUAGACCACUACCCAGUUUUCAGGAAGAUAGGGAAAGAUCUCCGACUGAAUAGAGCUAGGUUUUAAAUAUGCAUUAUGAGUUUUAUUUAUAUAGUGUGAAAAUCAAAUUUAUUAAAAAUAAAAUGUGAGCAUUAAUCAUUCCAUGUUCUGUAUAAAGUAGCAGAUAAUUUUAUGUCAGUCAGAAGACUAGAAAUUUGAUGCCACCAAAGAAAAACAUCUUCAUCUGUGAACAAUUAUUUCGUGAGCCACUAGUGAUCUAGAAACUACUCUAUGCUCAUAAUGUAUAUUAUGUAUAUAUCUUGCAUAAAUUGUGAAUAAUGUCAUGGAAUAAAAUCAAUAUAUGAUAUUCUUGUUAUUAA